AUGAGAACGAAGAUUUCCAGAAGCUUGCAGAAAUGGAAAUCGCCUCCUGUGAAGAAGAGAUAGCUGAACUGAAACACCAGAUAGUGUUGCUUUUGGUUCCCUCCGAAGAAACAGACAAGAGCGAUCUUGUCAUGGAAGUAACCCCUGGAGUUGGAGGGCAGGAGGCCAUGCUGUUCACCUCGGAGAUAUUUGACAUGUAUCAACGAUAUGCUGCCUAUAAACAGUGGAAAUUUGAAAUAUUAGAAUACUUUCCCAGUGAAAUAGGUGGCCUAAGAUACGCAGUUGCCAGUAUAGCAGGUCUUGAGGCAUACAAGUACAUGAAAUUUGAAGGAGGAGUGCAUCGUGUUCAGCGGGUGCCAAAGACAGAAAAACAAGGACGCAUUCACACCAGCACAAUGACUGUUGCAAUAUUACCCCAACCCACUGAGAUGAGGCUGCAAAUUAAUCCAAAAGAUCUACGGAUAGAAACAAAGCGAGCUAGUGGAGCUGGAGGCCAGCAUGUCAAUACCACAGACAGUGCUGUACGGAUAGUUCAUAUUCCAACAGGGAUCGUGUCUGAAUGUCAGCAAGAAAGAUCUCAAAUUAGAAACAAAGAGAAGGCUAUGCAAAUGCUAUCUGCUAAACUAUAUAAUGCCAAACUGGAAGAAGAAACCAAGAAGAGAAACAGCGUUCGAAAGAUUCAAGUUGGGACUAAAGGAAGAUCGGAGAAGAUCAGAACAUACAACUUUCCCCAGGACCGGAUUACUGACCACAGGAUAAGCAGAUCAGUGCAUCAUAUUGAGUGUUUCAUGCUAGGGGAAGAAAUGCUAGAUGAAAUGAUACAAACUCUGAGAGAAUAUGCUGAUUAUGAAUCUUUAAUGGAAAUUAUUUCAGAAAGUGAGAAAAAGAAUCUAUCCUGA